AUGGAGAUGUCAGUUGUCUCUCUCAGUAGAUCUUGGAUAGUCGGGGCGUUUGUGAUCUACCUGGUGGACUGGUACCUGAAACCGACGAAGAUGGGUCCAACAAUCCUCACACUUUUUCUCGGCGUGCUGCCUGCCCUCGUGGCAUGCACGAACAACUCAAACCCGGUCGUACAGGAUCCUUUGAGCAUCUCCGACGAACUGGAGAUCGUCCACCUCUACUUCGGACAGUGGCCGAGCGGCAUCGCCGUGUCCUCCUCAGGACGGAUGUUCUCCUGCUACCCGGCCGGGUUCGACGGGGACAACACCAACCUCGGCAACAACAGCGUCGUCGCGGUCGUCGAGCUCACCGGCCUCGAGACGGACACCCCCUACCCCAACGAGGAGAUGAACAGCCCCCCCGGUGGCGCCGUCGAUACCAGCGGGAUCCUCCCGGUCACUUUCGGUUACACGGAAUACUUCCUCAGCGUCCAGACUGUCGUCAUAGACAGCGAAGAUACACUUUGGAUUCUCGACACGGGGCGGUGCAUGUACGGCGGACUCAUACUCGGGUCCUCUCCCGGCGGCACGAAGCUCAUCUCCGUGGAUCUGAACACCAACAGCACCAUUCGCACCUACACUUUCCCGACCAACGUUGCGCUUCCGGUCUCGUUCUUCUCCGACGUGACCUUCGACCUCGUGAACCAGUUCGCGUACAUCGCUGACCUCAGCCCGGAGCAGCAGAACGCUAUCGUCGUGCUCAAUCUCUUCGACGGAACCUCCUACCGAGUUCUCGUGAAUGAUGUCUCGGUCAUGAUUGAACCCGGUUUCGUCCCUUUCAUCUACGGCGCGCCCCUCUACCAGGUGCUAUACAGCCCAUCCGGGCAGAUCUACGGUUACGGCAACAUCAAGAACGGGGUCAGCGGGGUGACUCUGUCUCCGGAUAUGGAGACGCUCUACUACUCCGGGGGCGGGAUACGGUUCCUAUACUGCGUGCCGACGCAGCUCCUGCGCAACAACAACACCCCCCCUUCGGAGAUCGUGUCCGCGGUGCGAAAUCUCGGCCAGCAGGGCGUCUCGGCCGUCAUCACGGCCGACUCGCAGGGCAACGUCUACCAGGGCAACUCCGUGAACGACGGCAUCGAGGUCUACAACGUCACGACCGGCUACACGAGGAACUUCGUCCACGACCCCAGGAUCAACUUCAUCAGCAGGCUCAUCAUAGCGGCUGAUGGCUACUUGUACUUCACCGUCACUCAGUUUCACUUGCUUCCGUCCAUCUAUCAAGGGUUUGGAGAGCUGGGCAAAGAUCGCCGCCAGAAACCUUACGUUGCGUUUAGAGUCAGGUUGCCCGGUGGAGCGACGUUGCGCGGAACAUGA